GUCCUCGAACAUCAUAGCUUGACAUUGAACCGUACAGAUUUCGUCUGAAGUCCAAAAGUGAAGUCUCCAAGUCGGCCACAUAAUGGAGGACUCAGAGGCGGAGGACCUGCGGGCCUUCGAGCGUCGGCUGACCGAGGUGGUUGGGGGAACCGCGGAGAAGCCGAGCCCCUUCCGCUGGCGCCUCGUCCUGGGCGCGACCUUUGCCUGCACGGCGAUCAGCGCUUGCCACUGGUUGCGGGACGCCCAGGGGGGCGGGUCGCUGCUGUUCCGCAUGCUGUCCAGCCACAGCGCCUUCGCCUGCUCCCUGGCCACCUUCUGCCUGCUGCUCGUGUACGGCCUUAACCAUGCCGCCAAGCAGGACCCGCCCAUCCUGCGGGACACCCGCGAGACCCUGUCCACCUUCUGGCUGAACUGCGACAACCAGGGUCGGCUCAUCCGCGUCCAGCCGUCCAACAAUUUGGGUGGACUCGCACGCUCACGGACCACAAGCACAAAUUGGCAAAAUAAAUAGGAUCAUUCCAGGAGCACCAAGAGCACCUACUAAAAUUCGUGUCAAAUCUUAACGAAAGUAUGACAAUUUUUGUUUAACCAUCAUCCGCAUCAACCAUAUACCGUCUAUAAAAAGGAAAAAAAUAUAACAUACUGACUGUUUUGUGAAA